GCGCUUGUAGUGCUCAGUAGACAGUAGACAGACACACAGAGAGAAUACAGUUGUGGCAGGACUGGACCGGUGACGCAGAAUGGCUCAGAACGGAACAACAGAGAACGGGGUGACCGGGGCGAAUGGCGAUGGGAGCCCUCCCAUGCCUUUUCCCCAGCCCGUCAAAGUACAAGAGAUACGCCACACCAAGAUUUUUAUCAACAAUGAGUGGCACACCUCUCUCAAAGGAAAGACGUUUCAGACCUUCAAUCCAGCAACAGGUGUCCAAAUCUGUGAAGUGGAAGAAGCAGACAAAGCAGAUGUGGACAAGGCUGUAAAGGCUGCCAGAGCGGCCUGCCAGAGGGGCUCGCCAUGGCGAAGGAUGGACGUGUCAAGCCGGGGACGACUCCUGCACAAGCUCGCUGACCUGAUGGAGAGGGACCGGGCACUGCUAGCGACUAUGGAGACUAUAGACACUGGGAAGCCAUUCCUUCAUUCUUACUUCAUUGAUCUGGACGGCAGCAUCAAAACCCUUAGAUACUAUGCUGGUUGGGCCGACAAGAUACAUGGCAAAACCAUGCCUGUAGAUGACACGUUUAUGUGUUUCACCAGACAUGAGCCCGUAGGUGUGUGUGGAGCCAUCAUCCCAUGGAACUUCCCCCUGCUGAUGUUCAUGUGGAAGGUGGCCCCGGCGCUGUGCUGUGGUAACACUGUGGUCAUCAAGCCAGCCGAGCAGACCCCUCUCACAGCCCUGCACGUAGGAUCUCUCAUCAAAGAGGCCGGUUUCCCCCCCGGAGUGGUGAACAUCGUGCCAGGGUUCGGCCCCACAGCAGGUGCAGCCAUUGCUAGCCACAUGGGCAUCGACAAAGUGGCGUUCACGGGUUCUACAAAGGUAGGCCAGUUGAUCAAAGAGGCCGCAGCAAAGAGUAAUCUGAAAAGAGUGACCCUGGAGCUGGGUGGGAAGAACCCCUGCAUUGUCUUUGCUGACUCGGACUUGCAGUUGGCAGUGGAGGAGACCCAAAAGGGAGCCUUCUUCAACCAGGGCCAGUGCUGCACGGCCGCGUCACGUGUCUUCGUGGAGGAACAGGUCUAUGAGGAGUUUGUACGUCACAGCGUCGAGAGUGCCAAGACUAUCGUCAUAGGAGACCCCCUGGACCCACGUACAUCACACGGACCACAGAUUGACCAGAAGCAGUUUGAUAAGAUACUGGAGUUGAUUGACAGCGGGAAGAAGGAGGGAGCCAAACUGGAGUGUGGGGGCGUGGCCAUGGAGGACACAGGACUCUACAUCCAGCCCACCGUAUUCUCCCAUGUCAAGGACCACAUGCGCAUCGCCAAGGAAGAGAUCUUCGGCCCGGUCCAGUGUAUAUUCCGAUUCAAGAGCCAGCAGGAGGCCAUAGAGAGAGCCAACAGUACGGAGUACGGCUUGGCUUCUGCCGUGUUCACACGCAAUCUGGACCGGGCUCUCUCUGUGUCUGCCGCCCUGGAGACUGGCACCGUCUGGGUAAACUGCUAUAACGCCCUCCAUGCCCAGGCACCAUUCGGAGGAUACAAAAUGUCAGGCAAUGGACGAGAGCUGGGUGAGUAUGCAUUGGCAGAGUACUCUGAGGUGAAAGCUGUGACCAUCAAACUGACUGAGGCACUGUGAGGGACACAGGAGAGACCACAAACCACUACUAGAGCCCAGCCCAGCACUACUCUGUCAUCAACUCAGGCUGUGUCCCAACACUCUGAAGCCACUCCCUUUCAUCAUCUUCUUGUCUCCUUUCAUUUAUCACCUUUGGUCAUAAAGAGUUUGAUUUGUGCGUGUGCUGUGCUCAAAUCCUAUUCAACGCCUAUUUCACCUAUCACUCAAAGUCAUAAGGUGAAAAAGCCAAGGAAAGGACGCCAUCGAAGGGUGUUGGGACACUGGAGUGGCUUGAAGUGGCUUUCUUUCCUUGGCAAAUUAAAGGAAACAAGGAGAGGUGGCCAAUCUGGAAGUGAAUUGGGACGCAGCCAAACCCUAUUAGAGUUUCAGACCCUUCCACAGCUCUAUUGCUCCAGGGGUGUAUUCAUAGGAACCAAUUGGAAGCAAAUGGGACGAAAUGGGAGGGACAUACCUGAAUUUGUCCAAUAGAAAUUGCUAUGGUUCGCAACACUUUACACUAAUGAAUACACCCCAGCCCUUUACAAUACCACAGCACUUCAGAGCUUCACUAAUGCCCACCAACAGAUGUGGUGUGCAAUUUUGAACCUUUUUUGUCACCAGUCCCAUAGUAGAACAUCACCAGUCCCAUAGUAGAACGUGGGCCGUGUUCGGCAGAGCACAACAUUGUGGAACAUUCAGAUAAAAAUAUAUUAUGUAGAACAAACAUGCCUCUCAGAUUUGUAGAAUAAGGAAUCACCACAUCAGCUCUAGUCAUAGCAUGUCUAUCUGCAAUGUUCCACAACAUUUGCCUACACUGAACGCAGCCCGGUUUAUGCCUAUGCUACUGUCUAUCUAUGUGGGUCUCGUGUACAGAAAUAAAUGUGAGGAAUAAUAAAUAAAUAAACAAUUGUUUCUUAAUUUUGGGUUUUCUGAUUUGAAUGUUCUUAUCUCAUUUUGAGGAGCAUUUUCUCCCUUUUCAAAUGGUGGAAUGAAUUUUAAUAUUACCUCUAUUUUUAACUUUCUAAUGCCCAGAAGAAAGACAUGUUUUUAAUCCACUACAAUAUAUAGGUCUAGUACUGUACUAGCAAACCUUAACUGGCAUUUUAACACUUUUAAACACUUUACAUUGCAUUGCAUUUGGAUCUGUGUACAAUAUCUUUCAGAGUUGCUCAUCUAUAAGGUCUUGACCAGCGUGGCAACAUUCUGCUAACUUUACUAAAAUUCCCAGGUUUCACAGAAAUACUGGUCAGAUUCAGGGAUUGAUGGAAAACCUGGGAAUUUUCUGAAAGUGAACAGAAUUUUGCAGCACUAGUCUUGACUCCUGAGUACUGUUAUUAACAUAUUGUUAUGUCUUGGGUGACGACACCCCUGAUGAUUUUUGUAUGCUUUGUGGUUUUAUUGAACUAAAUGUAGGAAGUUUUGCAAAUGGUUUGAUGGAAUGUAUUUCUUUGCAAUACAUAUGGGGCUGGUUUCCCAAACUAAAUCAACAUUUCAAUGGAGAUUCUCAUUUGAGAUUUGUGUUUAAUCCAAGCACUCGGGUUAAUCUGUGUCUGGGAAACGGUAUAAUGGUAUAACAAUGCUACUGAAAACUGCCAUUAUGUUGAAAAUACAAGUCAUUUGGACUCCAGUAAUGUCUCCAAUGGGAGGUAAAUUAUUCCUUGUCUCAAUAUGCACCAUAUAUGAGAUGUUACAAUGUAUAACAAACCACAAGGAAACAAGUCAUUCUGUUUCAUUUGCUAAACUCUCACUUUUUAUAUGGAUAUUUAAAUACACAUUUUAAAUAAAAGAAAAUGGAAUGUG